AUGAUUACUGUUGUAAGUGGGUUUAUAUUGACCCAGGAUACAACCAGUGGAAUAAUAUAUCCUACACCUUUAGAACCACCUAAUCCUUAUGACCAAAAUUGUACAGAUACAAGAGAUGACUGCGUCGAGUAUGGUAGGUCCGUGUGUUCUGACACUCAUGAAGUAUGGGCAAGAGAAAAUUGUGCCAGAUCCUGUAAAUUUUGUGAAGGACCUCCCACGACACCACCCCAAUGUACUGACAAAGCGAGUAAUUGUGAAACUUACUCUAAAACAGUUUGUACAGAUCCACAAUUUAUGUACUGGGCGAGAGACAAAUGCAGAAGAUUUUGUAGAUUCUGUCCACCUGACGUUCUUCAGCAACUGGAUGCUCUAACAUCAACUUUACCACCUAUUGAUUGUUUUGAUGCAGAAGGGUGUGUUUACUAUAAAGAGAGUGCUUGUAGUGGUGACAAUUCACACUGGGUUCAACAUAAUUGUCGCAAAAUGUGUGGCGUGUGUACAGAUGGUCAUACUACCGAAGUAUUAGCCUGUCAUGACAAAAUAUCGAACUGUAAGCAACAUGAACCUUCUCUAUGUGUGAAUGUUUUAUACAGAUCAUGGGUGUAUGAAUACUGUAGAAAAACAUGUGGUAUAUGUAAAACAGCUGAAAGUACCGUGACAGACAUCCACAUACCAACACCUAUGGCAACCAAUAUACCAGUACUACCAUCCCUUAAAACACCAACCGUUUGA